AUGAGUUCCAGCUCUGAUGAUGUGCAUCAUACGGUGGACGAAAUAUCAGCCCGCUUUCGCCUGAAACGAGGGAGGAUGUCUUGGGGAUUGCGCCGACGUGAACGCCAUAUUAAAGCCAGACGCGGUCUCCUUGAUCCACGCACUGGUGCCACCCCAUUACACGUUGCCGCAUCUAAGGAUUACUCCGAUGUAAUAGAAGCCUUGCUCAAAGUGCCCGGCGUUGAGGUUGAUGCUGUUGACGCUGACGGAUGGACACCGCUGCAUGCAGCAGCACAUUGGAGCAAGGAAAAUGCGGCACGUCUGCUGGCUGGUGCCGGUGCUAGCUUUGAUCGACUCACUCUGGCUGUAGGCUGCCUUUUUUAUCAGACAUUCUUAAUUAACUCGUAG